AUGACAGAUACUGAAGUGAUUAUGUCGCUUUCUCCAAUGAUGAAAUCAAAGACAGUUGUAACUAGAUAAUAAAAUGUGGACUUCAGUCUGAUCUGAAACGAAAAGAAUUACCGAACCGUUUUUUAUUUCUGUUGAAAGAAUAGGUUGAGUUUUAAACAAGUUGAGUAUGUGUUUGAUAGGGUAAACAACUACUGCACGCGGAAGUAUUAUUGUGAUCUGAAAAUAUUCAGCGAUUCACUUCUGCUCCCAGAAAAUUAUUGGUAGAGCAUAAAGCAGUAGCCAGCAGUUUAGAUUCAACAAGGGAGAGAACUUCCAGCAAGGAUUGUGUGAUCAAAGACAAUGGACUUCCCAUUACCUGCUAGACCUGGAUGUUUCCUUAUUCUUCUUUUUGUGACUUUGACGUCUGCUAUCAAGAAAUGUGAAUACGAUAAAACCUCAUGCAGUUGCGUCACGGAGGAAGGAGUCAUUGACCUGAAGCCUCUAUCCCAGUCAGAACCCUCAGAUAUUCGGCAGAGUACAAAGCCAAGAAUGAACGGUUUUACUGGGAUCCUUGUAAAGAUUUUACAAUGGGAACCAUCACAAGUGGGGCGAUCCAAGUUCAAGUCCCUUCAUUGUACUAUGAUAUUGGUGCUCAUGACAACGCUGGCACUACUGUCAAUAGCAAUGGUCAACCAAUAUUCUACAUGGUAGCUAAAGACGGGGCCAGGACAGUGUUUGUAACUUGUAUUUGUACUGACGACUUCAGUUUUACUUACAUAAAAGAAGAUCCUGCGAGUAGUUAUUUACUGGAACUCAAGUCUCCUUACUGCUGCCCUGGAUACAAGGGAGGUAAUGGCGACUCUGGUUUGUCUGUAGGAUCAAUCAUGUGCAUAACAUUCUUCUCCCUUUUGGUGACGUACGUUCUACUGGGCACCGUGUUCCAGAUUGCCGUCAAGAAGGCCAGUGGAAAGGAAAGAUUACCUAACUAUGUUUUCUGGUCAUCCUUACCUGGACUCGUCAAGGACGGAGUUUUAUUCUCAAUAUCUGGAUGCAAAAAGUCAUCUUCAUAUUCAAGUAUAUGAGAUAUUUCUACGCGUCUUUCAAAACAUGGUUAAUAUACAGGCAGCAGACUCGCUUAUGACUUGUGCAGCAUUGGCUAUGAAUAAUAUCGAUACAGUAAAUGAAGUUUAUUUUCCGGCUUUUCAUCAAAUAAAACACUAUUAGUUUAUGACUUUGUAUUUACUGAUUGUUAUCAGAAUAUUGGUUAAGUUAAACUUGAAUAAUACUACAUUUAGAUGAGAGUAUUCGUAUUAAAAUAUUUUUAUUAAAA